UGUGUUUUCCUUCAGAGGACAACCGGCUGCUCACUGUUCAGGAGGCAGCACGGAGCGUUUCUGGCGCUCCUUUAUGAAAAUGCGUUUCCUCAGAAUCAGUAUUUCCAAACCUGUUGUUUGCUGAGGCCGUUUAAAGCUGUUGAUGUGGAAGUGGAGGUCUGACCAGGCUCUGAAUGAGCAGCAGGUCUGAAGGUGAACAGGACGGGUUUUGAUGUCUCCUCACAGAAUGUCGCACUUCUGUGUCAGAGUCCAUGUAGCUGUCUGAAGGAAGGUGCCAGAUUCCUGAAGGCUUCACAGACUAUCACUAACCCUGACCCAUCCAUUGAAGCUCCUCUGAGUCAAACAGACACCUGGCUGCUAGUUCCAAGUGUGUCUGCUCAGUAGAUUAAACCAGGAGAACAACCCUCCAGUCCAGCUGCAGUCCAGCUGCAGUCCAGCUGCAGUCCAGCUGCAGUCCAGCUGCAGUCCAGCUGCAGUCCAGCUCCAGUCCAGCUCCAGUCCAGCUCCAGUCCAGCUCCAGUCCAGCUCCAGUCCAGCUCCAGUCCAGCUGUCUCCCUGCUCUCUGUAGGAAUGUGUUCAUUCCAUUUCUCUCUCAAAGUUCUUUUUCUAUCGAUCUGGCUCCUCAGACCCACGGGGGCGGAUCCACGGUCUGGACUUGGUCUGGAGGACAGCAGGACGCAGCGGGACAUCUCCUGCAGAGACAACCUGGAGUACAUGGAUGGAAACAUCUGCUGUUUAAACUGUCCAGCUGGUACGUAUGUGAAAUCGGCGUGCACCACAGCGGGAGGGAAGGGGAAGUGUGAGGAAUGCGACUACGGGACGUACACGGAGCACCCCAACGGCCUCAAACAGUGCUUCAAGUGCACACAGUGCCGCUCAGACCAGGAAGUCGUACGGCCGUGUGCUCACACUCAGGAUGCAGAAUGUCGGUGCAGACCUGGGAGGUUCUGUGAUCCUGACCAGGCAUGUGAAGUCUGCAAGAAGUGUUCAAGGUGUGAAAAGGAUGAAGAAGCAGUGAGGAACUGCACUCCUACCAGCAACACAGUGUGCAAGAAAACCCAGCCCAAACCCGGCUCUGCUUCAGUAAGAGCUUCGGUGAUUGCAAUCAUCGUCCUGUCUGUUGCUGCUCCAGCAGUCGGCAUCAUAUGUUUUGCAUACAAGUGGAGACAUAGAAGAGCAGAAUCUCAGAGACCCGAUGGGAUGAAAACUGACCUGCAGUACACCGACAUCCGUCCCCCUGAGGAGAACAGGGACGGAGAAACCCAAAGGCCAAGCAGCACCAAUCUGAUCCUGCCCCGGCCACUGGUGAGAGUCAAAUCCCCAGCCGGUGUGGAGGAUGAGCGUAAAAAGCUGUGUGAAAGCCUCAACAGCUCAGCCAGUAACUCCCAGCACAGCCUAACCGGCCUCGCCUCCUCUGCCUUCCCUUCCCAAGCCAGCCCCAAGAUCCUCCGGCUGCCCGACAGGAGGGAAGAUGAGCAGUUUCCCAAGCUUGUUCCUGUCAAUGGUGAAGAGUCUCUGAGGAAGUGCUUUGAGUACUUUGAAGAAGUCGACGUGGACCAACACAAGAGGUUCUUCCGUAACCUCGGGAUUAACGACAACGUGAUCAAAAGCAAAGAGCACCUUCUUUAUGAGGACAGGAUUCAUGAACUGCUGAAUAUCUGGAUAGAGAGAGUGGGCAGAGAAGCCAGCUUAAACGAUCUGCUGAAAGUUUUGCUGGACAUGAGUCAGAGGCGAACAGCUGAGAAGGUCAAAGAGAACGCUAUUCUUCAUGGUCAUUACCUUUGCGAGUGUUAAUGAGGGUGGAAAUGUUUAAGGAGUCCUUUUGAAAACAUGUUGCCUGAUGAAUAACUGAAGGUCCUUGUUGCUGAAAGCUACUAGUUAGAGGAGCGCUGCACAAGAAGACCAUCUAAAGUGCUCUUUGGGCAUGAAAACCAUGGUUGCCUCUGGAACAUGUGGUUUCCAUGCAUCCUGUUGGGGUUUCUGUUUCAUCAGCACCUCACAAUGCUACCAUACAUGGUGAUCCUUUGGCUGGAGGCUGUUCUGCCAAAGAGAGAGAGUUUUAAUGAGAGGAACCACUAGUAGUGUUGUCUCACGAAGAAGGUCCUCAAACCUUCUUCUAUGUCCUGUACUAGCUGAAGGACAGCCGAAGACUAUAUGUUGAGUAGUUGAUCUAUUCUGCCUAGAACAAGCCUCUGUCCUACACCCAUACAGUGUGUUUGUGCUGCUGUUUCAGUCGGGUUGUGUUACUGUACAGCUGAGAUGGAAAAACAGGCUGUUGUUAAGUCCGACUUUGCUUGAUUACAUCCUUGCUUCCUUUCUCACACUCCAGAAUGACAGCUUCAGUGUGGCUGUUUUCUGUCUGGAGGUGAUUCAUUCCUUUCAGCUACUUAGAAUGCUGUGGAAUAGUGUUUGUCGUCUUCUAUCCUCUACCUGCUGUUCAGAAAAUGAUUUUUACUUUUCACUCUGGAUCUCUACACAGGAUGAUUGAUUCAGUCACUGUUUUUAGACAAUUGUGACAACUGUGUUCCUUCAGUUGUAUUUAUUCAAAUUUAACUCAGGAAUUAACAUCUUAAUGUUUGCACUGAUUACCAAGAAUCCAGAUGUGAAUAUUUAACAAAGGGAUCAGUCUGACCAGUCGAUGAAGUUGUUAUAUCAGAGAACUGGCAGUAAUUUUAUUUAAAUCCAGUGCUCUCUGCCUGACUGUGUUCUCCUGAGCUCUAACAGCCUGAUAACAGAGAUGUGGGUUUUUUUGUUUGCUGUUUAUUUAUUGUUGUAAUCUCCUGGGUGCGUUCUGAUUCUAGUUUCUUGUUACACUUCUGUCAGAAUCCGGUCAUAACAGCCACACCUUGGAGAUGAACCAACCACAUGCUUCCUCGUCUUGUGCUUCUCUGCUUUACAAAUAGGCUAACACGAUGUUACAUAGUGCCUGUUUUUACAUCUUUCUUUAACACGUUUUAUCUGUUGCUUUCUGUCACGUUCAGGUCCUAUACUGUUUGCCAGGCUGUCGCUUUCUUUUGGUCGUUUUCUCAGCAGAAGCUAAAUAGCAGAAGCUAAAUUACAGAAGACCAUAAUAGUCCAACCUGUGUGAACUCAAUAAAGCACCACGCUGCUCUGUUCUCUA